UUUUCCGUGAGCGCUCGGCGAUUUCCGUGCGGGCCGCGGCGCGCUCGGCGCUUGCUCCCUGGCUGGCGCUCCUCAGUCGGCCGCUGCCUGCCUGUCGCCGGGCUGGGAGCGCCUGUGUGUGUGAGUGACGCGGCGGAGGUGUAGUUUGACGCGGUGUGUUACGUGGGGGAGAGAAUAAAACUGCGGCGAGAUCCUAGGCGCGAACGAAAGCAGUGACGGAGCAGCCUGGUAACCGGUAACUAAAUGACCAUGGAAUCUGGAGCAGAGAACCAGCAGAGUGGAGAUGCAGCCGUUACAGAGGCAGAAACCCAACAGAUGACAGUACAGGCACAACCACAGAUUGCAACGUUAGCCCAGGUAUCUAUGCCAGCAGCUCACGCAACGUCUUCUGCGCCCACGGUGACCUUAGUUCAGCUGCCCAAUGGGCAGACGGUUCAAGUGCAUGGAGUAAUUCAGGCAGCCCAGCCAUCAGUUAUUCAGUCUCCACAGGUCCAGACAGUUCAGAUCUCCACUAUAGCAGAAAGCGAAGAUUCACAGGAAUCAGUAGACAGUGUCACAGACUCACAGAAACGACGAGAAAUUCUUUCCAGACGACCCUCCUACAGAAAAAUUUUGAAUGACUUGUCCUCAGACGCCCCAGGAGUGCCAAGGAUCGAAGAAGAAAAGUCUGAAGAGGAAACAGCAGCACCUGCCAUCGCCACUGUUACGGUGCCAACUCCCAUUUACCAAACCAGCAGUGGGCAGUACAUUGCUAUUACCCAAGGAGGAGCAAUACAGUUGUCUAACAAUGGCACAGAUGGAGUACAAGGUCUCCAGACGCUGACUAUGACCAACGCAGCUGCAACCCAACCUGGCACCACCAUUUUACAAUAUGCACAGACCACAGACGGGCAACAGAUACUCGUACCCAGCAACCAAGUUGUUGUACAAGCUGCCUCAGGAGACGUGCAGACCUACCAGAUCCGCACCGCCCCGACCAGCACCAUCGCACCCGGCGUCGUCAUGGCCUCCUCGCCAGCACUUCCCACCCAGCCGGCAGAAGAGGCCGCGCGGAAGAGAGAAGUGCGUCUAAUGAAGAACAGAGAGGCAGCACGUGAAUGUCGCAGGAAGAAAAAGGAGUAUGUGAAAUGUCUAGAAAAUCGAGUAGCUGUGCUUGAAAACCAAAACAAGACACUGAUUGAGGAAUUGAAAGCACUUAAGGACCUUUACUGCCACAAAUCAGAUUAAUUUUGGAUUCCCAUUUUCACUUGUCCGGGUGGGAUAGAGACUGGUUCUGGUUAUACCCAGAAAGACAAAGUAAACUUUUAAUUUUCUAAACAUUUCUUUUUUUCUAUGCGCAAAACUGCCUGAAGCAACUACAGAAUAUAUUUCAUCUGUGCUUUGCAUCAAACUGUGAAUGUUCAAGUACUUGCCUCCUCUUCUCCCCCUACAAGAUUAUUUUCAUCAUCAGUCUCAGCGUGAAGAAGAACAGACUUCUUUCUCAUCUCCCCAUCCUCUUCAAGGAGUUACAGUGGUCACUUGGGAAGUUACUGUGGGGAGGGUCCUUUUGUAAUGAUUUCAAGAUUUUGUGCUGAGCUCUUUCCAUUGCCUUAGAGACAGAGCCACCCCAGCCUCUUGGUCCAGAGAACUGUGGGCCACGUACGUGGAGCACGCGCGGUGCAAUGAAGAAGCAAUGGUUGCCAAAUUGGUUUCAGGUAUUCAUUAUGAACUGUAAAAAUACACGGCUAAGCAGCAUGCCAAAGGAAAGGCGCUUCACAGUCAUGUUCUUGGUGUGGAGAUCACGCACCUUUUCCGAACUAGCCCAGGAGGGCUUUUGUUUUGUAGUCUGUAUUAAGCCCUCCUGGACUAGUGAAAACUUCUCCAUCCCUCAGAAAUGAGCUUCACUGCUCAGUUGUUGCUGCUCAAAGCUUAUGUGUGCAAGUGUGUUCAACAUCCUGAAUGCACAAAAGGCAAACACGAGUUUGGUUAGGAAAUUAUAUUCGUGUGGGAAAAGAAUUCAGAAUUUUAGAAGUACAAUAGCGAUGUUUAAAAAACAGUCAUGUAAUAAGCAAGGGUAACACAUGAAAGCACUGCCUUUUGAUUUGCAGAACAACUAAGCAGUUGAAGCGCGGCCAGCUCCACAUACGUACUCACUGACGACAGUAUAGCCUGUGUCCCAGGUCCUCUCAAGCAAUGAGGUUAUUUCUGUUCCCCUACCACUGUCUCAAGUAAUGGAAAUUAUUGUACUCAAUGGAAAACACCAGCCUGGUUUGCUAGAUUCUUUUUCAAACUUUGAGGCUGCCUUCCAUGUGUAAAUUAAAUUGCAGUAUGACAACUGCCAGGACAACCUCAAAUAUUGAAGAGGACUUCAAACACAGAUAUUCCAACUUCUGCUUCGCAAGGGACAAUAUUAAUUAUUUGAAGCUGGCCAGGCUAGUUAAAUUCUUAAUUUAUUCAGAGGAUUUUUUCAUGUAAAGGAUCAGAUAUACCAAGUAAUUUAUUCCUGCAAGUAAAAUUACUCACAUGCCUCAGAUGUUUGCCACAUCAGGUUUCUUUGUACACACUGAGGAACCGUGAUCUUUCCCAGAUUGACAUUGUUUAAAAGGUAGUUCAUGUUCAAAAACAGCUCUGUACUAAGCAUUAGGACUCCAGAAGAAUCGUGCUCAAAAAGAACUUAAAAGAAUGUCAAGAAGUCGUCCAAAAGAAUGUGUCAAAAAGAAUCAUGUGCAGUUUGUUUCCUGGCCCUCUGAAGCAGUCUCUUGAUACACUAGCUCGGGUCAUUUGAUGGAGUGAGUUUACUUUGGCUUAUGGUCAAACUUUAUGUAUGAGAGACAUAUGAAUAAGAUUCUGGUCUGUACUAAUGUCUUGCCUAGCAAAGUAUUUGCUAAUAUUUUUUUCCCAUUCACUCUGUUUUUAAGAUGAACUUCAAACACAAGCUUCUGGAAGGUUACACAGUCAGUGUGAUGUUAGAAGAGAAGAAGAACAUUUGGAAGACUCUGGGCAGUUGAGUCUCAAACAGCUAAGCAGUAUUAAAAGUUCUAGUUUUCUCAUUUGAGAGGGCAUUCCGUUUCCAAGAGACUUUAAAAGGAGCAGGGUUAAACUCGUAGCAUUAUUGUUAAAUCUAGAGUUCUCAAUAAUGACGAAUUAUGUUUGUAUUUCAGGAAGAAAACAUAAGUAUCGGAAUUACGAAAGAAUUAAUUUUCACAAAUGUUGAGGGGGGUUUACAAAUUUUCUGUGUUUAUCUGCCAUAGAGAACUUUCAUGUUUUUAUUUAAUGGAAGAUGAAUUUAUUACUCUAGCAAUGCAAAUUUAAAGAAGACCCUAAAUUUCCAGCAAUGCUUUUAUAAAAAAUUCUCAGCUUCUUGAAGUCAGAGAACACAAUCUCAUACAACAGGUACCAGUUUUUCAGAACUAGUGCUGAAGUAGAAAUGUCGGUAACGCAGGAGUCAUUUCUUGUCAAACAUGAAGCUCAUAGUGGCUUAAUUUACACAGUUAUACACGGAAUGGUUCCUCCAGCUGAGAAACCCAGAAAAGGCUGGAUGUGCGACAUCAAGGCUGUUUCUUUUGUAGAACCAUCUGUGUGCAAAAACUUGAGGUUUUGCAGUGAACCUGACCCGAGAGCUGUUGCUGGUGGGUGAUGUGCAGCGUCCAGCACUUGCUGAUAGUCACUUGGUACAAAGCCUGGGAGCAGAAUGGACCAGGGAGCCUAACCGGGUACCUGGAUGGGGUUCUUCUAAUACAGGGUUGGUGCAAAUUUGUGUAGCAGUGAGAGGAGAACUGUGUUACCCGUUUGUCUGUGCGUGGGCUGGAGUGUUAUUAGCCUGGACCUCAUUAGCAAUUAACGUUUCACUAAGAAAAAGAACGUUAAGUUUUAUAGUACGGACGGAUCUGCAGGAAUCUUCAUUAUGCUGCACUGAGGAUUUAGGGACUUGGAUUUCUUUAAUGGAAAUUUUAAAUGACAAGAAUAAAAUAUGUAUUAGACCAAGUACAGGGCUGGCUGCGGUUACCCAUACAUGCUUUAUUAUUCAUAUUAACCCAGGAAGGGAAAGAAUAUGACACAGGAAUCCAUUCAUAUGUUAUCUACCAAGUAAUGAGGUUGGGGUAAUCAGCUUCUAUAAACUAAGGCCAUUUAGAAGUAGGACAGAUAUGCUGGCAGGGGAGAAGGAGGGUUAGUUUUAUAUCUCACGAUGGUGAGUUUUCAAGAACCGAUAGCCUGUUUACCUGAAGAGAGGGUUAGAAAGGGCUAGAUUCAUUAUGUUCAUAAUAAACAAGAAUUGAUUUGAAAUAUAA